AUGCCUUUCUCCAAGCUAUUUGGGAAAGAGUCGAAAAGCUCCCAUAAGAAUGGCACGAGCUCCAAGCCAAAGGAGCAAGACAUCCCAAAAUCAUCUUUGAGAGCAUCCUUAGCCUCUCAUUUCACCAGCCACGGAGAAGCGAAAGAGUCAGAAAGUCCUGCACGCAUUGACCCAGAGCCAGGUGCCAGUCUUCCGCAGAUACUCCAGAGUAAAGCCGACCGUGAAGUCGCGGAAUCUCCAAAGGGUGAUGCUUCAUUGAUUGCAGAAAAAACCCACGGGGCUUUCCGCGCAUCUGAAGAUACCAAAAACCCAUUCGGGCUGAAUGAUACCCUUGAUUCGCCUUCUGCAAGAGCUGAUCUGGGGGUCAAAGAUUCUUCGGCAGCCAAGAGCCCUAGUCUUUCCCAGGAGAUCUGGAAUGAUGCCUACGAAGCGAUCUCGAAGGACGAAGGCGAUCUGGUCAAGUCUUAUGCCAUGGCCUUGAAAGUGUUUCUGGAAGACGAGAAAACGAGCAACGCGCCAUCGCUGAAUAGCGAUCUCUAUCUGUCCCAAUUCAAUGACCGAACUCAACGACAAGAAUAUCUAGAGAAGCUAGUUGCGAAGGGAAGGACAAAGAUCAUGACCACGGUGAAAGUCUCAAAUGUUAUUGGCAACAUUGCCGACGCCGUUCUAAAGACUAAGCCAGUUACCGAUCUCGUACUCACAAUUCCCCAAGCCGCACCCGCUGCUCUCCCGUGGGCCGGUGUUUGCAUUGGCUUGCAGAUACUCUCAAAUCCCAAGUCAGCCUUGAACUCCAAUCUCGCCGGUGUCGCGUAUGUAGCUUCUAGGAUGGAUUGGUAUUGCGCCCUUGUCGAACAUUUACUUCAUACAACCAACGUUGAUUCGCCGAGUGUAUCAUACGAAUCAGUCCUCGAGAAGCUGAGGGGGAAGGUUAUGGAGCUCUACAAGACCAUCCUGCUAUAUCAAAUGAGAAGCGUAUGUUCAUAUUACCGGAAUCAAGGCUGGAACUUCUUCCUGCAACUCUGGAAUUUCGAUGACUGGGAUGGCGCUCUGGACUCUGUUGUGCAAGCUGAAAAAUCUCUCAUGGAUGACUGGGACAGGUAUGACAGAGCGAAAGCUGGUAGGGUUCGAGAUGAAUUGCUUCAAUUGACCAACUUGAUGGAAACCCAUCUUGAUGAUAUUCGUCAGACCCUAAGAGAUCAUUUCAUUCAGCAGGAUAAGAGGCUUCAGGAUAAGGAAGUCCAUGAAACUCUCUCAGCACUUUUCGUUGUCAACCCUCUUGAUGAUAUGACUCGUAUAGUCAAUGAGAGAGAACCUUUAAUUAACGAUGUGCACAAAUGGAUCCUCAAAGACGAAAAGUACGAAGCCCUUACCAAUUGGACAGAUUCAAACGAUCCACAAUGUCGAUUGUUAUGGAUCAAGGGUGAUGCCGGCACUGGGAAGACAAUGCUUCUGAUCAGUAUCGUUCGAGAGCUCUCUAACCAGCUUGCCAAGUUUACCCCUUCACUGUCGUGCUUUUUCUUCCAAAGUCAAGGCAAAACGAAAAAGGCUUUGGACAAAGCAUCAGAUGCUUUGCGCUCCCUGGCGUGGAUGCUGCUCACUUCUCAACCAGAUCUCGCCGUACAUCUACAAGGAGACUACAAGCUUUCGAAAGAAAAACUCUUUACAGACGCAAAUGCACCGGAAGCGAUGCUUCGAAAUCUGGAAAAGAUUUUAAGGCAUGCUCGGCCAGUAUAUUUCGUCGUUGACGCUCUUGACGAGUGUGAUCAUGAUUUUGAUCGAAUUCUUGAUCUCAUUGCGACUUCUCUGUCCAUCUCCACGAAAAUAAAGUGGCUAAUUUCUAGUCGUCCAGAAGUCGACCUACUUACAAGGUUAGACGACUUACGAAAGGACAAGCUUGAGAUCACACAGAUUGCUUCAGAGUUAGACAUGGAGGGUCAAAACGACCGUGUGGACACCUACAUUCGAUACAAAUUAUCAGCCCUCCAGAAUUCCAAGAAAUUCGGCAAAUCAUACCAAGAUGAAAAUAUUUUGAACGAAAUAUCCAAGGAAGUUACCCGCCGGGCAGAGGACAAUCUGCUAUGGCUCUCACUUGUCUUCGACGACCUGUCGCAAAUGCGAGGAAGUUAUGCUAUCAAGAGCAUCAAGAAGUAUCCCAGUGGACUGCCUCAACUUUACGACCAUAAGAUGUCAAUUCUUGAACAUGAGGAAGGAGAAUACUUGAACUACUGUAAAGACGUCUUGAUUGCAACUUCUCAUACCCAGCGAGCCCUGUCUCUUACUGAGCUUGCGGCACUCAUUCCCUGGGCAGACGAGACAGAUCCAUCUAUGAUAGUGGAUAAGUGCCGCUCAUUCAUCACCGAAAUUGAAGAAACAAUCUCAUUGAACCACAAGUCUGCAAAGGACUACCUUGUGAGUAUAGUACCCCGGCUGAGGGGUGGAGCCAUUCAAGGCCAUGCGGAAAUCGCAAAGAUGUCCAUUGAAGUUAUGAAACUAAGUCUCAAAAGAAAUAUCUACGGGCUCAAGUAUUCGUCAGCCCCAACUGAUAUAGAACCACCGGAAUCCGACUCACUCGCUUCAGUGGCUUAUGCUUGUGAGUUCUGGGCCGACCAUUUACGUCUUGCAAUCGAGCAACGUGAAGAGAGCUUUGAAAUACAGAAAGAACUUUGCACACAAGGGUUCCAUUUCCUGACGCAACAUUUCCUACACUGGCUUGAAAGUUUAAGUCUUUUACAGAAAUACUCGAGUGGGAUUAUAUCCAUGAGAAAUGUUUUGCGAAUUAUUCAGCAGCUUUAUGACCAAGACUACGAAAUCCCUCGCUUCUUGAUAGAAGCAGUGAGGUUUGCGACGACCUACGCCUCGAUUAUAGAACGUGCUCCUAUGCAAAUAUAUGCAGCGGCACUUCUCUUUUCACCAGCAAAGAGCCAGAUGAAGGAGUUAUUUUGGGAGCGAGAACGCCCAGACUUCGUUGAGAGCAUCCAAGGGAUCAGUCGCAGUUGGAACUCAUGUUUACAAAUUCUCGAGGGUAAUGACAGCACUGUGGUCUCGCUUGCUUACUCUAGCGACGGCAAGAAGCUCGCGACAGGUUACUAUAGUGGGAGAUUGCGCCUUUGGAGUGUUGAGACGGGAACUUCAGAGCCGCUCAAAGGACAUGAUGACACGACAUUCUUUGUUGCGUUCUUGGAGGACGGCAAGAGGCUUGUAUCAGGAUCAUUUGGUGGGGCGGUGCAAAUCCACAGCAUCGAAACCGGAGCUUCCAAAAUUCUUGAAGCCAACAAAGAUGCUCUCGACGCAAUGGCCGUUUCUCCUGAUGGUGCGAUGGUAGCGCUAGGGUCAAGCGAUGGGCGAUUAACGCUGUUAGACAUCGAAACGGGCAGUGUCAAAGGAACAGUCAAGGCCCAUACGGACAGGAUCAUGUCAAUUGCUUUCUCGAGCGACAGCAAGACCCUAGCAUUUGGCGAUGGCCCAAACCAGGUGCUACUCUGGGAGACCAAAACGGGCGCGGUCAAGCUUCUCGAAGGCCGCACGGAUUCGGACCUAUUGCCUGUCUUCUCUCCCGAUGGCAAAUUGCUGGCCUUAAGGUCAAUGGACAAUAAUGUGCACUUGUGGGACGUCUGCACAGGUGCGAUCAAGCAAACAGUUGAGACCAAGACGAAGCGAGUGAGAGCGAUCACUUUCUCGAACGACAGUGCUACCCUAGCGUUUGGGGAUGGGCAGCCAGGGCAGUAUUACGUGCAUCUGUGGAAUCUCAAAACGGGUGCUAGUAAAUUGCUUGCGGGGCAUACGGACUGGAUCAGGUCGAUCGCCUUUUCAAAAGAUGGCGCGAUGCUUGUUUCAGGGUCGGCGGAUAACACAGUGCGGCUUUGGCAGGUUGAGAGCGGGACGUCGCAGGUUCUCAAAGGCCAUACGGGGAGCGUAGAGCUAAUUGCGUUUUCACCGGAUGGCACGACAUAUGCAUCAGCAACAAUAUCCGAACAGACGGUGCGGCUCUGGGGUGUUGGAAGCUCCAAUUUCGAGCAUCUCGAGUCUCAUGAUUCAGCAGUGAGGUGGGUCAAGUUUUCCGCCGACGGGACAGUGCUCGUGUCCGCGAGUAGAGGCGACGGUACAGUGCGGCUCUGGGAUACAAAAGCAGGGACUUCUCGAUCUCUCGAGGGCUUCAGUUGUUAUGCUGAUCCGAUCGCUCUCUCGCCGGAUGUCAAAAGUCUCGCAGUUGCGGAUGCUCAUUCUUUAAAGCUCUGGCAUUUCGAAACGGGUAAAUUCCAACUUCUGGACGACUCGUUCGAAGCGCGCUCUCUCGCCUACUCGCCCAAUGGCAAGACCCUUGCUUCUGCGAAUGGUGAGGAGCUCCGGAUCUGGAAUUUAGAAGCAAGCACUUUCCAAGUGCUUGGGAAUUCUGAGGUUGUUGUGUUCUCGCCUGACGGUAAGAAACUUGCUUCAGAGUCAGAUGGUGGAAUCGGUCUCUGGGAAGUAGAGACAGGUGCCUUCAAGCCGCUUCAAGACUCGCCCUCAUUUAGUGCAACACAAUUGAUCUUUUCUCCGGAUGGCAAGACUCUUGCUGCAUCAUACAAUUAUGAGGGCGGGGUGGUGCGAAUCACUGGAGUCCUGGUCUUGAAGUUUCUGUACAAUGUCUCCCCCUUUCAUCCACUAUCUAAAUAUCCAGGACCGCUCCUGUGGAGAGCAUCCAGGAUCCCCGCAUCUUACCAUCACGCAUGUGGUGAUCUCUACAAAUGCAUCGCCGCCAUACAUGUCAAGUAUGGUGAUACAGUCCGCAUCGCGCCCGAUGAGCUCUCAUUCAGCGCCCCCAGUGCGUGGCCACAGAUCUACAAUUCCCGUCCGCAACUGAACAAGAGCAAGUGGCACUUCGCGCCCAACGAUGUCGAGAAACUCCCUGCGAGUAUGAUUACAGCACCUGACGCUGAGCACGCCAGACUUAGGCGUCUCGCAGGUCCCGCUUUCCUCAAUGCCGGCAUCGCAGAAGUCGAGCCUGUCUUACAGCAAUACUCGGACCUCCUCUGCUCACAACUCGCUGUGGCCAGUGGCGAAGGCUCGCAGAACCUUGUGGAGUGGUUUCUAUGGGCUCUCAACGAUGUCAUCGGUCAGUUGGCGCUCGACCAGGAAUUCCAAUGUCUCGAAAAGCGGCGCAUGCACCCGUGGCCACAUUUCCUGCUCUCCGUGUUGAAACAGACUGCCGCCCUCAAUCAAUUCAGGCGGUUCGGGUUUCCAAUGCAAGUCCUCCAAUUAAUGAUGACUCAGAAGAUGAAAGAGGAACGUGAUAGCUUCAUGGAUUUGGCCAAAACCUCCAUCAACAAGCGGCUCUCUCGGGACAAGGAGGAGUCUUCGGAAAUCGUAAUUGACAAUGCUAGUAGCAAGAAGAGACCUGACAUUGUCGGUCUGAUGCUGCGAGAGAUGAAAGGUGGCGAACGAUUGACCGAGGGAGAAAUUAUGUCCAAUUCGGUGCUUAUUGUGGGAGGAGGAGCAGAGACGACCAGUACUUGCUUGAGUGCCACCUUCUACAACCUGUGCAAAACCCCACAUGCGAUGAACAAACUGAAAAACGAGAUCCGCAGAGCUUUCUCAUCCAACGAGGAAAUCACGGUCAAGGCAACGGCGGCCCUCCCGUAUCUAAAAGCGACCGUCGAUGAAUCUUUGAGAGUCUUCCCAGUGGCUAGCUACAUCACGCCCCGAGUGACACCGGAAGCGGGAUAUAACAUCAAUGGAGAGCACAUCGGUGGCGGAACUUACAUUUCCAUGGGCCAAUGGUACAUGGGCCGGUCAGCCAAACACUUCGAGGAGCCUGAGAAAUUCAGGCCCGAGCGAUGGUUCGAUCUCGAGACGAAAGGGCCCGCUGGACUCGCGGUCGACGAGGUUCUUCGCCCCUUUAGCUUGGGCCCGAGGAACUGCAUUGGCAAACUACUAGCGGUCGCUGAAGCUCGACUCGUGAUUGCGAAGCUUUUGUGGAACUUCGACAUCGAGCUUGACGGGCCGCAUGAGACGUGGGUGGAAGAUGCGAGGUUCUAUAUCCUGUGGCAGUUACAGCCUUUGAAUGUCAAGCUCACCCCUGUCAAGCGAUGA